AGAGGAGUGAGAAGCAUCAUAUUUUGUUUACUGUUGAAUAAUCAUUUUUUUUUUUAAUUUAAAACUUUUUUUUAUUAAACAAAACAUAUAAACGGUUUAAAAAAAAGGAAAACAAUUUCAAAUGCUGAAGGAUGAGUUUUAUCAGCCGUUCAGUAUUUUCUUUAAUUAAAGACCAUAGCCGACUCAGUAGCUUAAAGAGCGUUGCAAGAAGGUCCUACUGUCAAAAAUUUGACGAUGGUGCAAAGCCUUUCAGCAAGUACACGUUUCGAAGCCACACAUGCGGAGAACUGGAUGCGCAGAACGUCGGCGAGGAAGUGACCGUGUGCGGCUGGUUACAGUUUCAAAGGAUGAGCCAGUUCGCGAUUCUGAGAGAUGCUUAUGGUUUCACACAAGUCAUAUUACCAGAAGAGAGAAAUGAUCUUAUAGAAAAGCUGGGAAAUGCCUGUUUGGAAAGUGUAAUUUUAGUGAAGGGAAAAGUGAAGAAAAGACCUGACAGUCAAGUCAAUAAGAAUAUGUCUACUGGUGAGGUUGAAGUAAUCGCCGAUGAUUUCACAGUCUUGAACCAAUCUAAUAACAAACUUCCGUUUUCUAUUAGAGACUAUCAAAAAGCAAAUGAGUCUUUAAGAAUGAAAUAUCGUUAUUUAGAUCUUAGAUUUCCAAGUAUGCAAAGAAAUUUGCGCCUCCGUUCUGAAAUUUUAAUGAAAAUGAGAAAUUUCCUGGCCUGCGAGAGAGGAUUCGUCGAAGUUGAAACUCCAACACUUUUUAAAAAAACACCAGGGGGCGCUCAGGAGUUCAUUGUGCCCACUCAGAACAGAGGAAGCUUUUAUUCUCUGGUCCAAAGCCCACAGCAGCUCAAGCAACUUCUAAUGGUCGGAGGGAUCGACAGGUAUUUUCAAGUUGCGAGAUGUUAUCGCGAUGAAACUGCAAGGCCAGAUCGACAGCCUGAAUUCACACAACUUGACAUAGAAUUGUCGUUUACCAAUUCCGAAGGAGUAAUCAGCCUCGUAGAGGACUUGAUUGUUGAAACUCUACCAAAAAAUCUCAAUUUGAAGUCCCCUUUUCCAAGGAUUUUGUAUAAAGAAUCUAUGGAAAUUUAUGGUACUGAUCAACCCGAUAUUAGCAUCACUUGCAAGAUAGAAGAACUGAAGGGUAUCGAUCUUCCGAAAGAUCAAGUGGCUAAAUUUAUCAAGAUACCUGAUUCAGCGGCGUUUUUGACAAACAAAACAAAAACUGAUCUUUUGAAACUGAAAAACACAAUUUCUCAAAAUGCUUCUUUGAACAUUUUGAAAUAUCCUGGUAGUAACUGGCAGAAGUUUGCUGAAAAUUUGAAUGGCUGGACUCAUUCAAGUCAGGAUUUAAAGGAAAACAUAAAUUUGAAAGAAGGAGAACUUGUGUUCCUUUCUGUCGGACCCAACGCCGAAGUGUUAAAACUUUUAGGAAAAAUGAGGACUGUUUUUAUUAGCUACCUUCGUGAAUCUGGCUUAACUGGGACAUGGGAAGAUAAAACUGCAUCCGGAUUAAUCUGGGUAGUUGAUUUUCCAUUAUUUGAGAAAGGUGAAGACGGUGAAAUAAAAUCAGCCCAUCAUCCAUUUACAAGCCCACACCCUGAAGAUGUACAUCUACUUGAUGAAGAUCCUUUACAGGUACGAGGACUCCAUUAUGAUCUCGUGAUGAACGGUUGGGAAAUAGGAGGCGGCUCGGUGCGUAUUCACGAUCCAGAACUCCAGACACGCAUUUUAAAAGAUAUAUUGAACAUCCCGACAGAAGAAAUGGAAUAUCUUCUUGAAGCGUUGGGAUCUGGUGCGCCUCCUCACGCUGGAAUCGCUUUGGGGAUCGACAGGAUCAUGUCCAUCCUAGUCCGUUCCAAGAGUAUAAGGGAUGUGAUUGCUUUCCCGAAAAGCACAGAAGCGAAGGACCUCAUGACCGGCGCACCUUGCCCCAUCGCUACAGAUGAACUUGAACUUUACAACAUUGAAGUUGUCGGAGAAAAAGGAGAAAACAAAAAUAGAACUGCUUUAUGAUAUUUUGACAGGUAUUUUUGAAAUAUUUAUAGAUAAGUCGUUAAAACAAAGAAUUUUUUUUAAAUUGAUCGCAUAAUUUUAUUUGUCAGAAACUAAUUAGUCUGACCUGCUUGCUUGUUUUUUUUUUAAAUGAUACAAAAUAUACAAGAUCAAAGAGGGAAAAUAUAAUUCAGUACUGAUAGUAUCUGAAAUAAUGCAUCGUAUUUGUAUAUAUGUGUAUGUCAUUGUUUUGUAAAUAAAUAUUCUCUUUUAAAUUA